AAGCUCCAGGAGUUCGAUUCCCUGGAUGAGGGUAUCAGUGGAAUCCUCAGAUUGAAGGUGACACUCAGACCGCAACAAACGCUUUAUUUGACUCGUGUACCGACAUUCUUUUUCAUUAUUUUUUUUUUUAAUUGAAAUACGAGAGUGGUACUUCCUGAACUCGUUUGCUCCUGGAUAGAACCCGGGAUAUGAGCUACACCGAACCGUUGUGGGAGAUCAAUGGAAAUCAAGCACCAGUGAUUACAGCGGAUAUGUCGCAGUACGUCAGCGGCGAACUCGGAAGCUACCCGAUGUGGGACAGUUCUGUCUUAUACCAAGCACCACCUCCUUCGCACUCUCAUGUAAACGAACACGGAUUAUAUAGACAACCCUGUGCAUUAUUACAUCAAAGUCGUUACACGCCUAAUGGUAGAUCUCCGAAUCUCCCAUCGUCCACCACAAAGAAACCAAGGCGUCGCGUGGCGACUGUUUCGCAAAGAAGAGCAGCAAACAUCCGUGAGAGGCGCAGAAUGUUCAAUUUAAACGAAGCUUUCGACAAGUUACGCAGAAAAGUGCCAACUUUUGCUUACGAAAAACGACUCUCGAGGAUUGAGACUUUGCGCUUGGCCAUCACUUACAUUGCAUUUAUGGGAGAGCUGCUUGGAAUUGAACCGAGUAGCCCAAAGCCAGAAUACAUCCCGAGGGAAUACUACUUGCCAAAUUAAGCCUGUAAAACGUAAACAUUCACAUGAAAACCUAAAACAGAAGAAUUUGAUCAAAAAUCAAUUUUUUAUACGUAAAUCGUUUUACAAUUUCAGCAGUCUGGUAUUUUUAGAAAUGAAAUUACCAUAACUUGUGAUAUGCGUAAGAAAACAUGGUAAACGGUUGGUUACAUAUUAAAAAGUUCAAUUUGGUCUAUUUCAAAUGGAUAUAUUUCCUGGAAAAUAUUGAAUUAACAAAAUUGCAUAUGUAUGUACAUGCGGUUGAAUGAUAACUUUGGUUACUGGUAAGAAAACAAUAUGAUGACAACCUUAACAAAUCUGGCAUUGACCUCCGCUCAUUCGAAUCCUCUCUUUAAUAUUUUAAUAGAUACUCGAUUUUUUUAACUCACGAUACAUGUUUCAAAAUACAUACAGAAAUCAAAGUAUAUUAUUAGAUGGCAGAUUUUUUAUGCAUUUAUGGGAAAUUUGCACCGAAGUGCACAAAAUGCAUAUAAUACGCGAAGAUAUGUAUAUAAAAUACCCACAGUAUAGUAUUCGCUAUAAUAUUUAGUAUAUAAAACAAUUUUCUACCUAGGUUACAUUUUUUUAAUUAUUUCCACAA